GAGAGAGAGAGAGAGAGAGAGAGAGAGAGAGAGAGAGAGAGAGAGAGAGAGAGAGAGAGAGAGAGGAGAAGAGAGGAAGAACGUGAGCGCGCGCUAGCUAGCUAGCUAGCAAAGCAGAGAGACAGACUGAGAUAGGGACUAGGAGAAAUAUCUAGAGAAAGAAAAGAAGCCAGGCUCUAUCAGGGCUUAGCCUCCAACUUGUUUCUCCUCUCUGCUUCGGGGAAGUGACUGUGACACUCGUGAUGACUUAAGUUACUUCGAGACGGUUCUUAUGUCAGCACACCUUCUCACCUUCUCUUAGUACGGGAUUAUGACAAGAUCUCACAGGUCUCUUCAAGUUGCUGUCUAAGAAGAUGAUAAUCACACAAAUGUGGCACUUUUAUGUGACCAGAGUUGUACUUCUUCUCCUGAUUAGUAUUCUCCCUGGAACCACUAGCCAAGGGGAAUCAAGACGACAAGAACCUGGGGACUUUGUGAAACAAGAUAUUGGAGGACUCUCUCCCAAGCAUGCCCCAGAUAUUCCUGACGAUAGUACAGAUAAUAUCACUAUCUUCACUAGAAUCUUGGAUCGGCUUUUGGAUGGCUAUGAUAACCGGCUUCGACCUGGACUUGGAGAUGCAGUGACUGAAGUGAAGACAGACAUCUAUGUGACCAGUUUUGGCCCUGUGUCAGACACUGAUAUGGAAUAUACUAUUGAUGUAUUUUUUAGACAGACAUGGCAUGAUGAAAGACUGAAAUUUGAUGGACCAAUGAAGAUCCUUCCACUGAACAAUCUUCUGGCUAGUAAGAUAUGGACUCCUGAUACCUUCUUCCACAAUGGUAAAAAAUCAGUGGCUCACAAUAUGACCACACCCAACAAGCUGCUCAGACUGGUAGAUAAUGGGACCCUCCUCUAUACAAUGAGGUUAACAAUACACGCUGAAUGCCCCAUGCAUUUGGAAGAUUUCCCCAUGGAUGUGCAUGCCUGCCCACUGAAGUUUGGAAGCUAUGCCUAUACCAAAGCUGAAGUAAUUUAUUCUUGGACUCUUGGGAAGAACAAAUCUGUGGAAGUAGCACAGGAUGGCUCACGCCUGAAUCAGUAUGACUUGCUUGGCCAUGUUGUUGGGACAGAGAUAAUCCGGUCUAGUACAGGAGAAUAUGUCGUCAUGACAACCCACUUUCAUCUGAAGAGAAAAAUUGGCUACUUUGUCAUCCAGACCUACUUGCCAUGUAUCAUGACUGUCAUUCUGUCACAAGUGUCUUUCUGGCUUAAUAGAGAAUCUGUCCCUGCCCGCACAGUCUUUGGUGUCACCACUGUUCUCACCAUGACCACCUUGAGUAUCAGUGCCAGAAACUCUUUACCUAAAGUGGCAUACGCGACGGCCAUGGACUGGUUCAUAGCCGUCUGUUAUGCCUUUGUAUUUUCUGCACUGAUUGAAUUUGCUACUGUCAACUACUUCACCAAGCGGAGUUGGGCUUGGGAAGGCAAGAAGGUACCAGAGGCCCUGGAGAUGAAGAAGAAAACACCAGCAGCUCCAACAAAGAAAAACACCACCUUCAACAUAGUGGGUACCACCUAUCCUAUCAAUCUGGCCAAGGAUACUGAGUUCUCCACCAUCUCCAAGUCUGCUGCUGCUCCCAGUGCUUCUUCAACUCCAACAGCGAUUGCUUCACCCAAGGCUACUUAUGUGCAAGACAGUCCUGCUGAGACCAAGACCUACAACAGUGUCAGCAAGGUUGACAAAAUUUCCCGCAUCAUCUUCCCUGUGCUCUUUGCCAUAUUCAAUCUUGUCUAUUGGGCUACAUAUGUGAACCGGGAAUCAGCUAUCAAGGGCAUGAUCCGCAAACAGUAGAUAAUAGUGGCAGCACAGCAACCAGAGCACUGUAUACCCCAGGAAGCAUCCAAACCCGAAACCCCAGGGCUCCCCUCAUGUUUCAGGAUUCUUUUUAACCCUGUUCCAAACUGAGUGUAAUCACUUUCUCAAUUCGUAUUCAUGAGCCUCAAUGAAAAUGUAAAACAGAAAAAUGACUUGUCCUUUGAACAUUGCUUGGAUUGAGCCAAACACUGCCAUUUGUCCAGUUUCUCAUCUUAGUAUGCCAGUCUACCCCAGCUGACCGCACUGCAUGUGUUUAAUUUCACUCUGCCCACUGGAGAAAGGACAGGAGACUCUACUUCUAGUGGAAACCUUGGCGGUGUGAGGUCUAGGGUGUUGAGAUCCAGGAGCACUGUUGACUGGGGCUUCAUUGGAUGGUUCUGACUCACUACAGAGUCGGCUGGGCUAUCUCAUAUAAUCUUACUUACCUGAUACCCAUUAGUGCUUACUAGGCAUAUGGCCUACCUGGUAGAAUGGGAAGAAGUCUAUGGAAACUUCUGAAGUAACCAAUAGUUUCUUGCCUUGGAGGUCAGUGGGGGACAAUUGAUGCUUACCUCUGUCAAACAUAUGUAUAUGAGAGACAGAGAAAGAGACAGAGAGACAGAAAGACAGAGAGAGAGAGAGAAAACUAGUUGGGUCAUUCCAACGUUAGAGCAGUGGGCUCUAUUGUAGUUUAAGUCAGCCCCUCAGGAAAGUAGUGCCUGAAUAUAUGUCUCCUUCAAGAAAGUCCCAUUGCUUCAAUAAUAUUGAGCCCUUUAUAGCCAGUUGAGUAUUGCUUAUUUUGGAUUCAUGGCUGCCUACAAAAUCUUCCAGGAAAAAAAUGAACAGACAUUUUUGAGUUAAAUUAAAAUGGUACAUGUACAAACAAAAUGAUCUAGAUCAAAUGACUACACAAGAAUUGUUCAAAGAUGGGGAAUAUAAGAAACUCACUUUCCUGCCAAAGCAAUUAGUCAAAUUGUAGAUGGAAUAUGAUGGUGGUGGCUAAAGGCUAAAUCUGCCUCAGAAGAAAGGGCCACAAACAGAUUGUAUAUAUGGUGUCCUCUUUCAGGCCCAGUCACUUUGUUCCCCAUUAUGUCAAGGACUCCUUACCUGAUUUGGAUGCCAGUUGUAAUGAGGUGUGAAUUGUAGAGUCAUAGAAAUACCUGUACUUAUUUUUUGAGUCAGUUAAAUCAUGAAUUUUAUUACCAAUUUUAUAAUGUAUUAGAGGGCAUUUGAUCUCAUGUGUUCUUAAAUGUGAACAAAAUGAACAGAGGCAAUUUUUAUAAGGUAGUCUCAGAAGUUUGAAUAAUUUGCCUUUACCUCUUACAAAUGUCUUUAAUAAAGAAAUAUUCCACACUCAUUUCCAAUGUGAAGGAAUAGCUGAGAAGCUAGGGCCAUUUUGACCUUAGAACCAGCACAGCCAUGGAGGGCCCUCUGGAUUAUGGAGACAAUUUGGACACUACAAAGGUCUUUUAAAAGGUAACAAUAUAUUACCCAAGAAGAUCACUUCUAGUAGUAAUGGCUCAAAGGAGUGAGAUUGUUUAGUAUAACAGCCUCAGCCACUUUGGAUCUGAAUAGCUCAACUAGUCCAGCAUAUCCUUAAGGUCAAAGGUAAAAGCCACAAAUAGCACCACAAGCAGAUUCUUCCUGCCCACUCACUGAGCAAGGCUCCUAAGGGGUGUAUCAUUAGCUGCUGGUUGUCUUUUCAUCCAUCUUUCCAUUAUUCCCUGCUUCCUGCCAUUGUUGGGAUAAUGCAUGCCAGUCCCAUUAUUCUUAAGACUGUGUCUGUAGGUAAACUUAUGACUAGAAGAGUGUAGUCUUGUGGAUGUGUGGGGAUGGGGGGUGGGAUGGGGGGCUGUCUUAAGGAAUUUAGAAUGGAAGCCUGAUCUUUGCCUCUCUGUAGAAAUUGUGUUUUAAAAUGCUUUGGUGCAAUGUUUAGCGGCUGUUCAUUAAACUCUUUAUGAAUUGAACUU